UAGCUGCACGGCAAGGGUGUGGUGAUAUUAAUUGAAACUCUUGCUUUAGUGACAUAUACUCGAUGGUCGGUCUCACAAAAGUGUUGUGCUCGUUUAUUCACAAAUAAAAUCGAUAGUUAGUUUGCAUAGAAUAAAACACCAAAACAAUCCAUUAUUUUAUACAUAUCAUUCCCAAUUGUAUUCUUUUUUUUAUUUUCUAAUAAAUAACUUGAGCUGUGUACUUUAAAACAAUAAAUAAAUAAAUAUUAUAGUUUAUAAUAUUUCGUAAAAAGAAAACGAAAAAUUAAAGGUGCGAAAACAAAAUGUGGAAAAUUUGUUUAUUGAUCGCAUUGUUGCCGUUGGUGUGCUAUGGCCAAAGAACACCAUCCAUUUCAUACAUAACCCAAGAACAGAUAAAAGAUAUUGGUGGUACUGUUGAAUUAGAAUGUUCUGUACAAUAUGCACAAGAUUAUACGGUUUUAUGGGUGAAAAAUAGCCGUGAACGUAUCGAUCCCGUAUUUUUGUCAAUAGGCAGCUCUUUAGUCAUUCGUGAUUCACGUUUUGCAUUACGUUAUGAUCCGUCGUCAUCAACCUAUACGCUACAAAUUAAAGAUAUCCAAGAAACUGAUGCUGGAACAUAUCAAUGCCAAGUCAUCUUAUCGGUGAACAAUAAAAUUUCGGCCGAUGUGGAUUUAUCGGUGCGUCGACCGCCCGUUAUUUCCGAUAAUUCAACACAAUCACUUGUCGUUUCGGAGGGCAAGCCCGUUGUUAUGGAAUGCUAUGCAGGCGGAUAUCCACAUCCAACGAUCACUUGGCGUCGCGAGAACAAUGCCAUUUUACCAACUGGUGGUGCAACAUAUACUGGUUCAAUUUUGAAGAUAAAUUCAGUUCGAAAGGAAGAUCGUGGUACAUAUUAUUGUGUUGCUGACAACGGUGUAAGCAAAGGUGAUCGUCGUAACAUUAAUUUGGAAGUUGAAUUUGCUCCAGUUAUCACGGUUCCACGACCCCGACUUGGUCAAGCCUUGCAAUACGAUAUGGAUUUGGAAUGUCACAUUGAAGCGUUCCCAUUGCCGGCAAUUGUAUGGCUUAAAGACGAUAUUCAAUUAUCAAACAAUCAACAUUACAGCAUUUCACAAUACGCAACGGCCGAUGAAUUUACCGACACCACAAUUCGUGUGAUUACCAUUGAAAAACGACAAUAUGGCGAUUAUAUUUGUAAAGCCGUCAAUAAAUUGGGUCAAGCUGAAGCAAAAGUUCAUCUAUUCGAAACGGUCAUUCCAGUUUGUCCACCGGCUUGUGGGCAAGCCCGUUAUGGUUCGGCUGAAAUUGUUACACCAACAACAGCUGCCAUUCUUUUGACCGCUCUGAUAGUCACACUCUUCAGAUAAACACCAAUACAACAAGGCGACAUGGAGUCAAAAUUGAUUUACAACAUUCCAAUAACAAUUAACGUUUAGUUUUAACCGAUUUUUUUAAAAGUAAUCUCUGUAUAUGUAAUCUCAAUCAGUUUGAAUUGGCACAACAGAAUCUCAAAUUUGAUCAUUAAUGAUCAAAACACAAUAACGAUUUUAAAACAAGUUGGUACUCUUACAUACAUACGUCGUACGUCUUACGAUUAUGUCCCGUCCAUUUUUUUCUCUAUACAAGUAGCAUAUUAGUCUCACAUCACGAUGUCAAUGAAUUAAUUGAGAUUCAUUAUAGUGACAAAAUGUUGAAACCAAUUCAUCACAAAAGCAAACAAUAAUGAAAAGAAAAAGUCAAUCAAAAAUUAUUUUAAAUUGCUAGAACGACUGCCUUCCCUACGUGCCUGCUCACGUAUGUAAAUGUGGCAAAUUUUUGAUACGCAUUUUUUUAACCGAUAAAAUAAAAUUAGCGUUAAUACUAUAACAAAAGAUGUAUAUUGUUACCGUCCGUUGUUGAUAUUAACAUUCUAAAUAGGUUGAUUAUCGUAAACUACAUAAAAAAUGACUCCAAACGUAUCUCCCGUCCCGAUACUUAGAUUUUACGUUCAAAUCGGUUUUUUUUUUUCAAGUACAAGUCUUUUUUUUUUUUAAACCAAAUCAAAAUUACGCAGCUAAUUUUCUUUUACAGACAUUUUUUUAGUAUGUAAUAUACAGUUUAUAUUGUAAGAAAUUGUAUAAAAUAAAGGACUUGAUAGAAAUCAAAUCAGAA